UUUCAAGGUUUUAUUUAUAUACUUGUAGACGUUGUAGUCCAUCCUUCUUCUCUUUCCCCCUUUUCUCCUUAUAAACCCUAAAAUCUUCCGAACCCACACAAAUUUCAAUCGGAGUUUCGAUUUUCCGGCAAAAUGGCUUCCAAAUUCAAGGCGGAUGGUCCUCACGGCGAUGGCGCUAGCCCUGGGAAGAUAUUCAUUGGCGGGCUUCCCAAAGAUACAACUAACACUACAUUUAUCAAGCACUUUGGGAAGUAUGGUGAGAUAACAGACUCGGUUAUUAUGAAAGACCGUUACAGUGGGCAGCCAAGGGGAUUUGGAUUCAUCACUUAUGCUGAUCCAUCGGUUGUCGACAAAGUUAUCGAGGAUACUCAAAUCAUUAAUGGGAAACAGGUUGAGAUUAAGCGUACUAUACCCAAAGGUGCUGCUCAGUCAAAGGAUUUCAAGACAAAAAAGAUUUUUGUUGGAGGCAUUCCUUCGAGCGUCUCAGAAGAUGAAUUCAGAAACUUUUUCUCCGAGUUCGGGGCGGUGACUGAACACCAAAUUAUACGUGACCAUGAGACUAAUCGUUCUCGCGGGUUUGGAUUCAUUGUAUUUGACAACGAAGAUGUGGUUGAUGAAAUACUCUCCAAGGGUAAUAUGAUUGACAUGGAGGGUACUCAGGUGGAGAUCAAGAAGGCCGAACCAAAGAAACCCACAAACCAUCCUGUAGCUCCUACUUAUGGUAGCAACACUAGGAACCGUUCUUAUGGGGAUGGUUAUGCUGGUUAUGGAGCCUCUUAUGGGGCUUUUGAUGGUGGGUAUGGUGCAGGUAAUAACUAUAGGAUGUCUGGAGGUGUUGCUGGUAGGCUUGGGUAUGGAGGCUAUGGUAGUGGAGGGGAAUAUGGUAGAGGAUAUGGUUCUUUUGGCGGUGGUAGUUUAGGGGCUUAUGGAGGAGAGUCAUCCCUUGGGUACUCUAGCAGAUUUGGUCCCUAUGGUGCAGGAUUUAGUGGUGCUUACUCUGGUGGCAGCUUAAGUGGAUAUGGUGGAAGUGAAGGUUAUGGUAGCUAUGGAGCUUCAGGCUAUGGCGGCAGUUAUGAUUCCGGCGCUAGUGCUGGUUAUGGUGGUGCUAGUGGGUUCUAUGGUAAGGGAGGCUAUAGUGGAAGUAGUCGGUAUCAUCCUUAUUCACGGUAGAAAAUCAGUGUUCUUAAGUUCGAGAUAGGAGCUGUCCUUCCUAUUAUGCCUGGCCUGAUAGGUACUACCCCGACGAGAAUUAGAGAUGCUUCCUCAAGUGCUUAAGGCAUUAGAAGAUCUGCUUUUAUUAACGUCUUUAUUAUUGUGGUUUAGACAACUAUGUAGUAUGAAUUGAAGAAUUUGGUGUUAACCUUGUUCUAGUAUCAGUAUCUUAUGUGGAUUUUUGAUGCUAGAUGAAGUUUAUCUUAAUUUAGAUAGAUAUUGGUGCAAUUAUUUUGAUACAUAGCUUUUGAAUGCAAUCCUUGAUUGGAAUGAUUUAGAGGGGCUUAAGUAUUUGCCAAUGGGUAUCUGCCAGUGUUUUCUACUGUCACCUGAUUUUUUAUAGAGAUUAUAUUUUUCAUUAUUAUUGUUUUCGUUUUGUACAUGUGCUCGUAAAUCCUUUGUAAUACUAGUAUUAUUGUCAGAUUUAAUGUGCAGCUUCUUUGUUCAUGAGUUGGCCUAGACUCUGAAUGCAUGUUGUGUUGUUCUAUUUGCUUUAAUAUUUUGUAGCCUGGCUAUAUACUCUAGUUGCUUCUGUUAUAAUACAUUUCUGGGAUAUUGUUUUUGCUUGAUAUUGGAUUUAUCUAAUAUCAAACUGCUUGUCCCGGUCUAUGAAUGUUUAAUGCUGAGUAAUAGAGGCUUUUAGCUCAUAUUGGGGUUGAAGUUAUGGAGUUGUCUUGCCAUGCAGCUCAGAUUUACCUGAGACAUGACAUUAUGGUUAUGAGAACUUACGGUAUGAUUGUAGCUUUGCCCUUUUUGUGCAAUGGGGUAGUAGCAUAAUAAUCUAACUUUAUGCAAGUCAAUUUCUUCAUCAUUUCUAUUUUUAUGUACAGAACUAAUACCUAUCUAUUCAGUGUCUCGUAUCUGGAUUUUUUUUGCACUUCAUAGUUUGGAUUUUUGAUUACUAAUGUGGAGAUGAUUGGAGCCUUCAAUCACCCAAAAGAAACAGCUUUCAGUUUUUGGUAUGAUUAUUUGAUUGUCUAGCUUGUUAAUAGGAAAAUUUUCAACUAUGCUUUGUAUAAAUUAUUUGUUUGACGAA